AUGGGUGGGUUCUUCCGGGAGCCAGGCUCCUGGCUCAGCUCUUCUCCAGAGGAAGUCGGAAGUUGCCAGGAGUUCUGUGCCUUGGCCUCCGCUGUGAAGAGAGCAAGUCAGCUCAGCAGCACCAUGGACGCAGUGACGUAUAAUGAUGUGCAUGUCGACUUCACUCAGGAGGAGUGGGCAUUGCUGGAUCCUUCACAAAAGAAUCUCUACAACAAUGUGAUGCUGGAGACCUAUAUGAACCUCAGUGCCAUAGGCUACAAUUGGGAAGAUCAUAAAGUUGAAGAGCAUUGUCAAAGUUCUCAAAGACAUGGAAGGCAUGAAAGAAGUUAUACAGGAGACCAAUCUUCUGAAUGGACUCUAUGUGUUAAUGCAUUUGCAUAUCAGAGUCAUCUUCAAAGGUAUGAAAGAAUUCAUACUGGAAAGAAACUCUAUGAAGGUAUUCAUUAUAGUGAAGACUUUGCAUGUCAUAGUAGUCUCCAAAUACAUCAAGGAAUGCAUACUAGAGGGAAACCAUAUGUAUGUAAGCAAUGUGGUAAAGCCUUUGCCCGUCCCAGUCAUCUUCAAAUGCAUGAAAGAACACAUACUGGAGAGAAACCCUAUGAAUGUAAUCAGUGUGGUAAAGCCUUUGCACAACACAGUCAUCUUCGAAUGCAUGAAAGAACACAUACUGGAGAGAAACCCUAUGAAUGUAAUCAAUGUGGUAAAGCCUUUGCUUGUCAUAGUUCUCUUCAAUUGCAUAAAAGAGGACAUACUGGUGAGAAACCCUAUGAAUGUAAUCAUUGUGGUAAAGCCUUUCCUCGUCUUGGUGAUCUUAAAUUGCAUAAAAGAAUACAUACUGGAGAGAGACCCUAUGAAUGUAAUCAAUGUGGUAAAGCCUUUGUGCAAUACAGUCAUCUUCGAAUGCAUGAAAGAACACAUACUGGAGAGAAACCCUAUGAAUGCAAUCAGUGUGGUAAAGCCUUUCCCCGUUACAGUCAUCUUCAAAGACAUGAAAGAAUGCAUACUGGAGAGAAGCCCUAUGAAUGUAAUCAGUGUGGUAAAGCCUUUGUUUGUCUUGGUGAUCUUCAAUUGCAUAAAAGAACACAUACUGGAGAGAAACCCUAUAAAUGUAAUCAAUGUGGUAAAGCCUUUGCACAACACAGUCAUCUUCAGAGGCAUAAAAGAAUACAUACUGGAGAGAAACCUUAUGAAUGUAAUCAGUGUGGUAAAGCCUUCUCAUGUCACAGUGAUCUUCAAAGACAUGAAAGAACACAUACUGGAGAGAAGCCCUAUGAAUGUAACCAAUGUGGUAAAGCCUUUCCUCGUCUUAGUAAUCUUCAAUUGCAUAAAAUAACACAUACUGGAGAGAAACCCUAUGAAUGUUAUCAAUGUGGUAAAACCUUUGCCCAUAGCAGUUAUCGUCAAAAACAUGAAAGAAGACAUACUGGAGAGAAACCCUAUGAAUGCAAUCAAUGUGGUAAAGCAUUUGUCCAUCAUAGCCAUCUUCAAAGACAUGGAAGAAUGCAUACUGGAGAGAAGCCCUAUGAAUGUAAUCAAUGUGAUAAAGCCUUUGCUUGUCUUGGUGAUCUUCAAUUGCAUAAAAGAACACAUACUAGAGAGAAAACCUAUGAAUGUAAUCAAUGUGGUAAAACCUUUGCCCAUAACAGUUAUCGUCAAAGACAUGAAAGAACACAUACUGGAGAGAAACCCUAUGAAUGCAAUCAGUGUGGUAAAGCCUUUGUCUGUCACGGUCAUCUUGAAAGACAUGGAAAAAUGCAUACUGGAGGGAAGCCCUAUGAAUGUAAUCAGUGUGGUAAAGACUUUGGCCGUCAUAGUGAUCUUCAAAGACAUGAAAGAAUACAUACUGGAGAGAAACCCUAUGAAUGUAAUCAGUGUAAUAAAGCCUUUGUCCGUUAUAGUGAUCUUCAAAGACACAACAGAACACAUACUGGAGAGAAGCCCUAUGAAUGUAAUCAGUGUGGUAAAGCCUUUCCUCGCCUUAGUAGUCUUCAAUUGCAUAGAAGAACACAUACUGGAGAGAAACCAUAUGAAUGUAAUCAGUGUGGUAAAGCCUAUUCACAACAUAGUCAUCUUAAAAUACAUAAAAAAACACAUGCUGGAGAGGAACCCUAUAAGAGUAAUACUGUUAGUGUGGAAUUGGUUUGUUAAAGCCUUUGAAUAUAACAUUAGACUUUGAGGAUCUGAAAAACUACAUACCAAAGAAAAUCUGAUAAUAAAGGAUUUGGUAAGAUCUUCAGCCAGCACAUUUACAUUCAAGUACACAAGAUUAUUCUUGAGAAAAAAAUCUCACAGGUAUGAGCAAUCUGUUCAAGCAUUAUAGUGUCCCUCUGUAUUUGGUUUUUAGAUUUCAUACUUCUCUUUAAUUACAUGAGAUAAUGAAUCCAGGUGUAAUACUGCCUUUUCUAUUGCUGUGAUAUAACAUAAUAUCAAUGUGAACUUAUGAAAGUGUUUAAUUUGGCCCAUGGUUCCAGAGCAAUACAGGAUCACCCAUGAAAGUGGCAUAGAAACAAGUGUCUGACAUUAGGUCUACAUGCUUGCUUUCUGUUACAUGAACCAAUUCAUGAUGGAGAAAAACUCUGUAAGCCUUCAGAUGCCUCAAUACCUAUGAUACAGGAAUUACAAGAGAUAAACAUUUAUGAGUGAAUAUUCAUUUAAAUAUUUGUUUUAAUUUCAGUUAUGCAAUGUCAGUGUCUUUGUGUGGGUAGGUACAUGUGCAUUCUGAUUCUCAUAAAGAAGACCCUUGGAGCUUUUUAUAGCAGGAAUUACUGGAAGUUGUCAAAAACCUGACCUUAGUCCUGGGAAUGGACUUUUAUUAAGGGCUUGGCCAUGUCUCUAGCCCUAUAAAUAUUCUAAAGCUUUUUUAUGUCAUCUUGAUAUCAGAAAACAGGGAGGAACUCAUACAAAAGAACCCUGUGUACAUAAAUAAUUUGGUAAAAACUUUAGACAUCACAUUUGUCUUCAGGUUCAAGAAAAAAAACCUUUUUCAUCAUAGCCUUGAAGUAAGUAAAUUAUUAACAAAGUUCACUAAAGACAUUGUGGCUUCUACUUUGCAACAUUUGAGGUAGAUAUUUUAUUGUACUCUGUGUGUAAUAUACUCAUUUAUUGAAGUUUAUUUUGUGGUCCAUAUAUUCCUUCUGUGGCUUUUGUUCUUCUAUUGUGCUUUCAGUUAGUGAGAGAUAUUUUUCUGCUACAGUGUAUAAAAUGAGAUGGCCAUCAUCUAAGUGGUACAUCUUUAUUUAAAUAUUAGGCAGUAUGUGAUCAUAUUUUCAAGCAAGUGUGUCUGUGAAAGGGUGAUGGGUUUCUAUUCCUGAUUUUAUUUUUUCAUAUUUUUUCACAAAUUCCCUUGAAAUGUUUUUUGUUAUCCAGCCCCACUUGGAUGGUAGUAAUUAGUCAAAGAUAAAAUUGAAAUCAUGAUCCUCAUGUGUGAAUCUCCAGAGUACAAGUCUAAGGGUAGAUAAUAUACUCCCAAUGUUUGCUGUUUUGUCAACACAUAUUAAGAAUGUUAAUGUUAAAAUGAUUAAAAAUAGACCAGAAUAUAAGAAACAUUGAAUGUCUCAUGUGUAUCCAAAGUAACAUUUUCAUUUAUGUGGAAGUGAUGUAAUAAAGUAGGAUAAUCAGCAAUCAACUGUAUAUUUCACAAUAUAACUUGAUGUACUAUGGAUAUGUAUAUAUUAUUUGAAGUUCCGUACAUCUUCAUGUCCUCAUCAGUUAUCCAUUUGGCAUAAUAUAUUGAAGUAUUGCCUUCUAAGGAAAUUAUCCAGAGAUGCCAGGUAAUGUAAUGGCAAUGAGAUUUAUUUUUUACAAAAUUCUGUUGUAUGUUUGUGUAACUAUGGGAUUUUUUAGGCCAUGACAGACGUGUGGAGAAAAGAAGACAACUUUGUGGUUUUGUUCAACUUCAUAUGGCGAUCAAGAUGAGAUUACAGUCUUGCACACGACAGACAUUUCCAACAGAGCUGUCUCAUUGAUGCUCAGAUAAGAUUAGUUGAAACAUUACAUCAGUAAAAUAUUGUCUUUUUGGAUUGUAGAAAUAUUUUCAUUUAAGCAUAGUGAAAAA